UAUGUUGUCAUCCUCUUUGCAAACACGCUGUGUUUGGAAUCGGUCCAUUACUCAGCUUGCAAAUAAUAUGUCUAUGCCAAGCAGGGGUAUUUAGCAGAAUCCCUUCUCAAUAUUUUUUUUCCCUGACUCUGGGGCUAAAUCUGUAUGAAACGGGUGCAUUAGGGGAUACAGUCUCCCCGUUCGGGAAAUGGACCUCUUUGCAAAAGAAUAAGCAUUUGCUAAAGAUGUUUUGAAACUGGCAAACAUCUGAGGUUGAUCAGAAGCAUGUUUGCAUCGCUUUGCGCCUGGAGAUGGAUUUGACUAGCCCUGGUUAAGCAGAGAUGAGAUGUCGAGGACUUUGGCUUGGCUCUUUCUCCUGCAUCAGCAGCAGCAGCAUCUAUAAAGCAUCUUGGGAAUUGCUUGCCGUACGGCGAGAGCAAACUGGUCACAUGAGUCUGAAUUUUCAUUUUAGUUCAUUAGUCAGCCAUUUUGGUCAACACCCUCUUUAACUGCGCACAAUCCAAUCCUAUUAUCCUUCCGAAUCUGGGUUGAUCGGAAGGGGGCAAGAGAGAGAGAGAGAGAGAGAGUGCAGCUGUAGACCUCAGUGGAUCCUGGAUACCUUUUUCUUUGUGGUUAUUGUUCUGUUGUUUUGCCAUAUUUUUUUUUUUUAAAAAAAGACAAGGCUUUUUCUAAGAGACCGCAAAGAGGGCUGAUUUUUUUCCCCCUCCUCUCCUGAUGCAGAGGCCGUGCGUGAAGGGGUUAUUCAGGAAUAAUAGCUCCUAGUCACAUCGGUUGUGCGUGUUGUGCAUGGGUGUGCAGCCUUGCAGAAGAAAAACGGAGAAAGGGGAAACAGCUGAGAAGGGGUCUCUUUCCCCUCCUUCCCCUCUGCCUCGCUUUCCUCAAAAGUAGUGCAUUGUCUGAUCUCCAGAAAAUCUUUCCCAAGCCGGCCAUCUAUUGGAUUUUUGAUUAUUAUUUUUGGGGGGGUUCUCUUCGAGGGGAAGAUUUCUUUUUUAUGGUUUUGUUUCAUUUUCGCUUGAUUUUAUUCUAUUUUUUCCCCACAUCGGCUUUAUUGUUGUAUCCGCUGAGUCAUCAUGUCUGCUCUGACGCCUCAAAGCGAUACGCCGACUCCCACCACAGACAAGAUCACCCAGGCUGCCAUGGAAACGAUCUAUCUGUGCAAAUUCCGGGUGUCUAUGGAUGGAGAAUGGCUCUGUUUGAGGGAGCUGGAUGACAUCUCUCUUACGCCUGACCCCGAACCGAGUCAAGAAGACUCUUGGGAGGAUUUGACAGAUUUGGUGGAGCAAUUGCGCGAUGAUGCAGAAGAUCCCAACUAUGUCAUGGCCAAUGAACGCAUGAAUCUGAUGAAUAUGGCGAAACUAAGCAUAAAGGGCUUGAUUGAAUCCGCUCUGAAUCUUGGGAGAACCUUAGACUCUGACUAUGCACCUCUCCAGCAGUUCUUUGUAGUUAUGGAGCACUGCCUUAAACAUGGCUUAAAAGCCAAGAAAACUUUUCUGGGCCAAAAUAAGUCAUUUUGGGGACCUCUGGAAUUGGUGGAGAAGUUUGUUCCUGAAGCUGGAGAAAUCACAGCAAGCGUUAAAGAUUUGCCUGGGCUAAAGACUCCCGUGGGAAGGGGCAGAGCCUGGCUGCGUCUGGCAUUAAUGCAGAAGAAACUUUCAGAGUACAUGAAAGCCUUGAUAAACAGAAGGGAAAUUCUCAGUGAAUUUUACGAACCAAAUGCCCUCAUGAUGGAGGAAGAAGGUGCUAUAAUCGCUGGACUUUUAGUGGGCCUCAAUGUCAUUGAUGCAAAUUUUUGCAUGAAAGGAGAAGACUUGGAUUCUCAGGUUGGCGUUAUUGAUUUUUCAAUGUAUUUGAAGGACGGCAGUAGCAGUAAGGGCAGUGAAGGUGAUGGUCAAAUUACUGCAAUUCUGGAUCAGAAAAAUUACGUAGAAGAACUCAAUAGACAUUUAAGUGCUACAGUCAACAACUUACAGACAAAGGUUGAUGCUUUGGAAAAAUCUAACACUAAACUAACUGAGGAGCUUGCCGUUGCAAACAACAGAAUUAUCACACUGCAAGAAGAAAUGGAGCGAGUCAAAGAGGAGAGUUCGUACAUUUUGGAAUCCAACCGAAAGGUCAAUAAGCAGGAUCGCACGUCAGACGGACAUGCCCUAACUGAAGCGAGGAAACAGUUAAAAGAGGAAACCCAGUUAAGACUGGAUGUGGAAAAAGAGCUGGAAAUGCAGAUUGGAAUGAGACAAGAGAUGGAGCUGGCCAUGAAGAUGCUGGAAAAGGAUGUUUGUGAGAAGCAGGAUGCGCUUGUGGUGCUCAGACAACAACUGGAUGAUCUCAGGGCCCUAAAACUUGAACUUUCUUUCAAGCUGCAGAGUUCAGACCUGGGAAUGAAGCAGAAAAGUGAAUUGAAUAGCCGCCUGGAGGAGAAGACCAGUCAAAUGGCUGCUACAAUUAAACUGCUGGAACAGAGUGAAAAGGAUUUGGUGAAACAGGCAAAAACCUUAAAUAGCGCAGCAAACAAAUUAAUUCAGAAGCCGCACUAGACAUUUUAAUUUUUGCAGCCGGUCACAUCGCAGCUCUGACAUCUCAGCUCUGUUACGAGCGAAGAGCAAAAAACAAAAAAAUUGAGAAUUUAGGUGUCAGAAUUACAUGUUGUCACUAAAGUCGACGUGGAAUUUGAUGGGGAUUUUUUUUUUUUUUAAAAAAAGGUUUUAUUCAGAAACAGAAAAAUUAACUUCUAGCUUCCCCUUUCCCUGGUGAACGCUUAAACUUUAUUAAAAUACGAGCAAUUUGAUCAGUGAGUACUCCAGAAAGAAGAUAGAAUUAAAAUCAGAUUUGUGGCUACGUACAUGCAAUUGUGUAUACCGCACAUUUUUUUUUUUAGCUUUUACAACAUAAUAUAGAAAAGCGUAGCAAUAUUUCUGCCUCACCCCAAAUGUUCAAAUUCAAAAGAAGAAGUUCUUGAUUUCCCUGUUGUGAAGUAGAUGGGGGGGGGGGGAAACAGAGGCAGAGAAGUUGGAAGCCUGUAGGAAACCACCAUUUUUGUAGGUGUGGUGGCUCCACUUGAUCAUAAGCAGGACAGACCCACAACAGGGUUAGAAGUUGCUUUUAGAAGCAUUUGGCCAUUAUUAACCAAAGGCUUGUCUGCACUGCACGCCUUUCUGCCUGAGCCUUGCUCAGGAUGUUUUGUAAAUUGAAAAUGAGUGUUGAGGGGCUGCAAAGCAUCCUCCGUAAGGGGAUAUUCCCGUUCCCCAGAUGCUGUGCUUAAAAUCGUCCCAAUUGAAGCUGGAUGAAAAUUCAGAGAACAGAGUCAACUCCAUCUGGACUCUCUCUUGCUUGCAUUUUUCUUCGGCUUGCAGUUGAGAACAAUCGCCUUGUCCCACUCUCUUUUCUGGGAAUUUUCUUUUAAGGCUAUCAGCCGAUCCAUCUGAAAUGACCAAAAUCCUUUGUUUGACGUAGCCGUGGUGGGUGGGUAUUAAUAAAUAUUCAGAAGACCCCCCCCCCCAGACAAUGCAAAUCACGCCAAUUUUCAUUGCUCAAAGCUGUAACCGGAAUUUUUUAGCAAUCCGAGGACAAGCUAAGCUAACAGGCCAGUGCAGGCCACUUUCACAACAGGGGGAAUAAUUCAUUCACCCCCUUUAGGUGACAUGGAUGCAAACUCUAGCUGUUAGCUAUUUUUUUAAUUGGUAAACCCUUCUUUCCCUUUGCAUUGACUUCUACCUCUGCCUUUUCUCCCUAAAAUAUAGUGAUUCUCAUUUCCUGGUGGACUUUUAUAAUAUAUGUGUCUUGCCUUCUUCCCUUGCUCUUUUAGAAAAGACUGAAUCAUUGUCCCUUUCAUAUAUAAAAAGGAUAAACAGAACUGGUAGUGUUUUACUGUGGAUCACUCUUCGACUUAAAAGCAGCUACAGUGAAAAAUAACCUGGCCAUUGUUCAAAGCUAUCUCUGGCCGCUAUUAACAUUCGAUUCGGAGUGAUCUUGAUCAAACAAGAGGUUUGCUAGGAGUCGUAGUGAAAGGGCAUCUAAGCCUUAGAAAGUCUACUAAAACGCCAUGUUGUAACUUAACAAUGUAUUUUUUUUUCUUUUCCUCAUUCUGAUGAAACCGGAGGGGGUUGUAAGAAAGUGUGGAGAAUUAAUCAACAUUUCUCAAACUAUCCACACUAUUUUUUCCCCCCUAACUUAAAUAGUUGUUCUUCAACCAAGUGCUCUCCAAAUGUAGGGGGAUACAUUUCCAGCAUUCCUAGGAAUCCUUUGGGCUGUAUUGAUUGAGAAUUCGGUGAAGCGUAAACCCUAGGACACGUCCCUAUUUAAUAGCCGCGUGCGAAAGAAAUAAAAGAUGUGUUCUUCUAAAUUCCCAUUAGGAUUGAAAUUGUUUCCUCCUGUAUAAAUCACCUUUGUUUGGUCCAGAAAAAUGGGGAAA